AUGCCCAAGUGCGACUACUGCGACGUGUACCUCACGCACGACUCUAUGAGUGUGCGCAAGGCUCACAACAGCGGCCGAAACCACAUCCGUAACGUGGUAGAGUAUUACCAGCAGAUCGGUCAUGAAAAAGCCCAGUCGGUCAUCGACUCCAUCACCUCGUCCUACGCCGCUGAAGGCCAGGCCCACGCCAACCCCAUGCUUCCGCAGAAUCAACCUGGCGGCCAGGGCUUUCCUCCCCCUGGUUUUCCCGCCUUCCCAGGAGGUCCAGGUGCUCCACCACCCCCAUUCCCCGGGAUGCCCGGCAUUCCGCCUCCCGGUCCUCCUGGUCGGGGCGUCCCUCCGAUGCCACCGUUCCCAGGCCCCCCCGGCGUUAACGGCAUGCCGCCAAUACCUCCUCCCGGCGGACUUCCCUUCACAACUCCUCCCGGCGGCUUUCCGCCAUUCCCACCACCGGGUGCUAACCCUCUUGGACCUCCUGGUACCCCGGGGGCUCCCCCCCCCAACUUCCCCGGCAUGCCCGGCAUGCCCCCUCCCGGACAGGGCUUCCCUCACCCCCCUUUCCCCCUGGGAAACUCGCAAGCACCCGGGCCAGAGAGACGUUGA